ACGUCUCAUUCCGACACGCCCUCGCUCUCGGACUCGUUCGCACAAAGCAUGCAAGGCCCCGUCCCUUGAACGUCCUCCUCUGCAAUAAGCUACAGUAUAAGGCCCCGGUACACCCCAACUUCUCGACCCCGGAAGCCGCACCACGAUGCUCUCCGCCCUCUCCCCAUCUUCCCCCGCACCCACCUCGGCAGCCCGCCUCGCUACCAUCCUCCACCAUCUCAACUACCCCGCCACCACCCCAACAACCCUCGCCCCCGCCCUCGAAUGGGCCUUUGCCUUCCCCGACACAAAGCCCGUCCUCGAAUGGCUAUGCGAAGCUUUUGCGGACGCGGAUGUAGAGGAGGGGCAGUGGGGCGCGAGGAGGAAAUGGAGUGUGUUGGACGGAGAGGAGGUUGACGCGUAUGAGGAGCUUAGAAAGAAGGGGUUUGUGAGCCAUGAAGGCGAUAUCGAUGAAAGCGAGGACGAGGAAGCGAAUACGGACUUGACGAGCUUGGACGAAUUGCGCUCGCAGAUAACAGCGCUGGAAGCGGACUUACAGCGUACCGAGACAGCCGUCAAAACACUGACGGAGCAGCAGGGGUUGUUAACCAAAAGCAAGAACGCCAUCGCCUCCAAAACAACCCGGCUCCGCCACCGCCACGCCGAAAUGGACACGCUGUUGAACGAGAUGGAGUUGGAGCUCGGGAAUGUCUCGUUACGGCUCGAUGCAGCAAUAUCAGAGACAUCCCGCAUGACGGCUACACUCGCUGCCCUGGCUCACCCCACGACACAGGGUGCAGAGACGCAACCGCCGCCGUACCUCUUCCUGGCGACAGCGGGGCUGAGUGCCCUCCGCUCCGUUACCGAAGCCUUCGAAGAUACAGUCAAACACGCUGUGGAACUCAUUUGGGGGAAGACGGGUGAUGUGAAAAUGCACAAGCUGCUCCGACACCCGUUCCCGCGCGCGCCGGAGCUCAUCGAUCCCCUCCUGAGCGUCGACACGAGGGCGGAAAUCGAACGGUUGGGUCUAUUGUAUCCGAUAACCGAACGCGGCUAUGUAUCCGCCAAACUGCGGUGUGCGUACAGCUCCGCACAACUGGACGCCCUCCGCACCCCCACCCACCAACAACAACAACAACAACAUGAACGGGACACAGACCGGCAGACCCUCCGCGCAACGGUAACAGCCGCCGUGGAAGAACAGCUGGCACCGCUCUGGACCGAGAUCGCGCGGCUACGCGUACGUGCGCGCGUCGCGGAGGCGUUCGUGACGGCCGCGGAGCGCAGACGGGCGCGGGAACUCGAACACAGCCAGCAGGUUCUGGAUAGUCUAGUCGCGACUCUCGCGGGCACGACACUGGUGACCCAUCUCCUGGUCGCAGAGAAGGCGGCGGUGCGCGCCCAGGCGCACAUCGUCCAGGCCGUGCGGGACGAGUUCAGGAACCUGCUGGACACCACCCGCGCCGGGGCCGGGUCCGGCACGCAUGCCCCACGGGACGUCCUUGCGCCGCAUGUGAAGCGGUUGUUGGGCGCGGACGCGACGGGGGAACCGAAGAGUGGUCUGGCGGGGUGGCUCCGUACACGGGAACAAACACGCGGCGCGGAUGGGGGGGUGGCGGAAGGCGUGGACGACCUGGACGCGGCGGUUGCGGCGCUGCUGAGAUUGUCGGAAGAACACGCCACAUCCAAAACGGUUUUGUUGGCGCCUAAGGUGUUGUAUGAUAUCCAAGACGCGAUACGCACCCGGACGGGCGACGUCGGACGCCGGGUCGCGGGUGCUGCGGCGAUUGCGGAGGAGUUCAGUCGGGGCGCGUGAAUUGCGGAAACGUGGUAGGGAAGAUUUUUGGUGUGCGGAAUGUGCGCUGGAUGCCGGUGGAUGUCCUCUCUCGAACUGUAACGCGGGUGUCUGAGCGGCGUAGAGGAAUUGGGGUAAUGCCAAAAGAGGUCCUUUUUUGGGGAAUGCGGCACACAAACAGUAGACUCCAGAAUCACAUGCAAUAUUAGUUCGUGUAGUAUCGGUGGCU